GAAUAGAAUAGAAUAGCCCUCUCUUAAAUAUUAUCGCAUGCUACGCUCAGUGUCACUUUGAUUACAGAGAGUGUAACGUGAACAAUUGAACAUCAUGACAGUCAAUCUUUUUGUUAUUUUAUGUUCACUAGUGUUAUGGGUGGACAAUGGCGUCCAUAGUUUACAAAAACCUGUUCGGAAGUUUCCUGAAGGCUUCAAUUUCGGAGCAGCCACAGCCGCUUACCAGGUCGAGGGGGCGUGGAAUGAAGAUGGCAAAGGCCCAUCAAUAUGGGACGACUUGACCCACACUCACCCGUCACCCAUCUCAGAUGGCAGCACAGGAGAUGUGGCAGCUGACACCUACCAUCUCUGGAAGUCAGACGUGGAACUCAUGAAACAACUCGGUCUGGACUUCUACCGGUUCUCCAUAUCCUGGUCACGAAUCUUACCUACUGGUUUUGCAGACCAGAUUAAUCAGAAAGGUAUAGACUACUAUGAUAACCUGAUAACGGAGUUGUUAAAGAAUAAGAUUGAGCCGAUGGUCACGUUGUAUCAUUGGGACCUUCCGUCUAGCUUGCAGAAGUUGGGUGGCUUCGCGAACCCACUUAUUGUCGAAUGGUUUGAGCAGUACGCAAGGGUUGUGUUUGAUAAGUUUGGAGACAAAGUGAAGUACUGGAUCACGAUCAAUGAGCCCAAACAGAUUUGCUAUGAAGGUUACGGCUCCACCGCUAAGGCCCCUCAACUCAACAUGACUGGAAUAGCCGAGUACAUUUGCGCGAAAAACGUGCUUCUAUCCCACGCUAAAGUGUACCAUUUGUAUGACGAGAACUACAGGUAUAAGCAGAAUGGGCAGAUCGGUAUUUCUGUCAGCUGCACGUGGUAUGAGCCGGCUUCUGAUACCAUUGAGGACCACCAGGCGGCUGAAGAUGCCAGGCAGUUUGAUUGGGGUCAAUACAUCCAUCCCAUAUUCUCCAAGACGGGCGACUUCCCUCUAUCCCUGAAGAACAACGUCAGGUUACGCAGUAAAGAGCAGGGCUUCCUCCGAUCCCGUCUACCGGUCCUGUCCUCUGAAGAGAUAGUCUACAUAAGAGGAACCUCGGAUUUCCUCGGCAUCAACUCGUAUACGACUAAACUGACGUACAGAGACGCGUCGUUGGAGGGAAUGUACCCAGUGCCGUCGUAUAUGGAUGAUAUGAGCGCUGUGAUGGUCAAGGAUGCAUCGUGGCCUCAAGCCCAGUCUAGUUGGCUUCAGUCAGUACCAUGGGGCUUCUACAAGAUCCUGACUCAAGUACGAUACCUGUACGAUAAUCCAGCUGUCUGGAUCACCGAGAACGGCUGGUCGACAUCCGGUGGCCUGAUCGACAACGACCGGGUCAAGUAUUACCGGACGUAUCUGGGUGCCCUGCUGGAUGCCGUGGAAGAAGGUUCCAACAUUAAAGGCUACACGGCUUGGAGUCUCUUCGAUAACUUCGAAUGGAUGAGCGGUUAUGCAGACAAAUUCGGCAUAUUCGAAGUGGACUUCAAAGACCCGAAACGCAAACGAACACCGCGGAAGUCAGCUCACGUCUACAAGGAAAUCAUCAGGAGCCGAAGCCUUGACAUGAACUAUGAGGUGGACGAUAAAACUGUUCUGGCACCGACACAGGUGGUGGAAAAAGACUAUGUGGAAGGUUACUGAUCGGGGAAUAGUGUUUGAAGAAUUUAAUGUAAUUUAAUAUAUAUUUAUAGGUAUUAUGUAUUUAUUUAGAAAUGAGCAAUAAAUUAAUUAAGUACCUAA